AUGGGUGAUGCGGAGAAUUCCCUUCCACCUUCGAAGAAAAGGGCUGCUGGAAGGGAGCUCACUCGAGAUACUCCAGUUGAUGAUGAGGAAGAUUCCCCGGAGCUUGAAACGGGCACUUUCAAGAGAGCCAGUGAUGAGGUUCUGGCAACCAGAAGGAUAGUUAAGGUUCGUCGCCAACAAACUAAUUCUGCUCCUUCUGCAAACCCUUUUGCUGGAAUACGACUGGUUGCUCCUGCUGAAUCCAGUGCUAAUCCUGCUGAAAAUACUACUGGAGUACAAUCAGCUGGUGAUAAUACUGUUGCAGAUGAUUCAAAAAGCAGUGAAGGUAUAGCUAAGGAUUCUGAGAAAGCUGAAGAUGAGGAAACUAAGCUUUCAGACAGCAAAACUGAUGAGGCAGAGGAUAAACCUACUGAUGGUAAUGCUGUUCAAGAAAGCAAUGCAGACAAGGAAAGUACUGAUGAGAAAUCUCAGGUAGAUAAAGAACAAAGUAAGGAUGUCACGGGAAGUGAAAAUGAGGAUAAGAAGGAUGCUGCACAUGAGAGUGCCAGCAAGUUAGAUAAAGAACAAAUAGGGGAGGGCAGGGAUUCUGAAAAUGAUGAUAAGAAUGAGAACGCUACUGACAAUGAGGAUAAGAAAGACAGCAAAGCUGAAAAUGAAGAGGCAAAUGCAGAAGGUGGCCAUUUGAAGUCCUUUCAACUGCACUCGAGUAGCCAAAACGCCUUUACAGGCCUUGCUGGAACUGGAUUUUCUACUUCCUCAUUUUCCUUUGGUUCCUUUUCAAAUGAAGGGUCUGGUUCUAUUUUUGGACUGAAAAGUGACAAGCCCUUUGGUCUUGGUUUAUCCAACAAUGGAAGUUCUGUUUUGGGGGCAUCUGCUGUUUCUAAGAAUGAGGGAAGUGGUUUAGCAAUGCAGGAGGUUGCUGUUGAAACCGGUGAAGAAAAUGAGAAAGUGAUUUUUAAUGCAGACUCAGUGUUGUUUGAGUUUGUUGAUGGCAGUUGGAAGGAACGAGGAAAGGGCGAACUGAAGGUUAAUGUUGCCAGUGAGACGAAAAAGGCCAGACUUCUUAUGAGGUCAAGGGGAAAUUUUAGAUUAAUUUUAAAUGCACGUCUUUACCCUGAUAUGAAGCUCACAAAUAUGGACAAGAAGGGUGUCACUUUUGCCUGCAUCAAUAGUGCCAGCGAAGGGAAAGGUGGUCUUUCAACAUUUGCCUUGAAGUUCAAGGACGGUUCCAUUGUGGACGAGUUUAAAGCCGUUGUCAUGGCACACAAGGGUGAGACAUCAACACUUCUCAAGACCCCUGAAAAUUCUCCGAAGGCAUCUGAAGAUUGA